AUGAAAAACAUGAUAAAGCAGUAGAAUCAAUCCGCAUAAAAAACAUCCUAUAAAUCAGCCCCAUUAGCAUUUAAAAUAUUCAUUGAAGUCAAUUAAAAUGAGCCAAAUAUACAGAAACGAAUAAGUCUGAGCGAUUUUGAAAAAAGUCUUGCUAAUCUUAAGUAAAAGGCUCUGCAAGCAUUUAAAUCCUAAAUCAACUCCAAUAAUCUGAAUAGUUUUUGCCUUUAGUAAGAAGAUAGUGAGCAUGAUUGGAUAUCUUUGAAAACAGACUAAGAUCUUUUUCAAGCUAUUAGAGAGUAGAUUUUUGAAGGCUAAAAAUAAUAUAUUAGACUAAGGCUCAAGAUUAUAGAGUCUUCUCAAUCAAAUAAUAAAAAGCACAAAGAUCUAAAUCAUAGAUACGAAGCUCAAAGCUAGAGAAGCAAUGGAUCUGAUGGCUCAAAGAACAGUGGCAUCAAAUUCUCUAGCUUUAACAAGUCAAAUUAAUUUUAUCACUCUUAAAUUUUGAAUCCAAUAAAACCUAUUCACAAGAAAUCAAUCAGCGAUCAUUUAACACCUGAAGCUAUAAAUCACUAAACAAUUCUUAUGUUUUUCCAACAGUUAUCGGAAAUAAACGAUCCUAGCUUGAAAAGUAAACUCAGAGAGAUCAUGAUGAACUAAAUCUUUAAAUCCAAUUAAUCUAAUGAUUUUGAGACAUCGAUGAGUCAUCUUACUUUUAUGGAUUAAUUAUAGAAACAAGCCUUUUCAUUAGUAAACUUCGAUGAUGAAAUUAAAGGGACUCCUGUUUGGAACUAGAAUAAAGAUCAGAUUAAUCACACUCUUGAAGUUCUUAACAAAAGAAUGGAGGGGAUAUAGAUUUCUAAUCAUUUGACUCAGUCAGUCGUUAGCAGUGACAAAAAAAUAUUUAAAGUUGGGAGUAGUGCGAGGAGUUUUAACUCUAAUCAAAAAAAGGUUAAACUUAGUAAUUUCAUCGGAGAUUAAUUUUCUGAUCCUUAGCAGGAACUAGCUGUGGAUAAUAUGAACACUUCUGAUAAGCAAAUUGUAGACAAUCAAUACAUCAAAAAAAUAAAUGCAAUCAGCUAGGAAUUCUAGUAAAAUGGGCAGUUUAUCUAGUAAUAGAACUUACAAAAUCAAGGACUUUAUCGUAAUAAUCAUAGUAGUCAAGACAGCAAUAAAAUCUUAGGUUAUAACUUAUCUGAUGAAGAAGAGAAGAAGGAGUCCUCCUAUGAAGAAGAAGAGAGAAACAAUAUUGGAAACAAUCCUAAUAUUUACAAUUUCUAGAAGCAUAUUUAAAGCAGGCAGGAGCCAGGAAUGUUUAACAUAAUAUAGGAGGUGGAUGAAAGUUCCGAGAUAAGUUUUUUGAGGAACAACGUGACUUAAAUUACCUAAAUGACUAUGAUGGAAUCAGAAAUAGUUUAAACCCAAUAAACAAACGCUCAAUGA